AUGCCUCGCAGUACCGUAGCACAGACCCGCGAGCAGCCCUGGCCAUCAAGGAAUACCACUACGUGGACGACUACGUCGACAGUUUCACCAGUGAAGAAGAAGCUAUCGCCGUUUCAACACGGUUCGGCAAGUGUGGUCAGAGCGUUGAACCCACUUGAAUCCAUCGCUAGCGUCAGAUGGACCGAAGCUGAGGAGAAGGUACUAGGAAUGUACUGGCAGCCGGCUACAGAUGACUUCAAGUUCGGCAUCAAAUAUCAUCGAGUCCCGAGAAUCGUGAUGACAGGGGAACGCGUCCCUACCAAGAGGGAGUUCCUAAGCCUGGUCAUGUCCACGUUUGACCCGAUUGGAUUCCUGAGCUGCUACAUGGUGACUGAAAAAUUGCUAAUGAGGGAGAUUUGGCGGAAAGGAGUCAACUGGGACGAGCCGCUACCAGCUGAUUUGGCCGCAGCCUUUGAGGAUUGGCGGAAAGAAAUGAGGAAGAUCGAAGAGAUCCGAUGUCCGCGCUACUUCUUCGGCGGUGGACGCGUGCGGAUGCUACAGCUGCACAUCUUUGUGGACUCCAGUCAGUCGGCGUUCGCAGCAGCGGCCUAUUGGCGGGCCACUUACGCGAACCAAGACGAAAUGCGCUCCGAUGAGGACUAUGCCGAUCCCGCGACUGGAACUUCAGGCAGCAGUAUUGGGCACGAGACUGAUGGACACCGUCAAGCAAGAGCACAGUGUGGCGAUCAGCAGCUGCGUAUUAUGGACGGACUCUAA